AUGGUGAGCGUGGGGGAGCCUGCUGAGAAAUACCUGGAACUGGGGCAGAUUGGCCAAGGGACCAGAAUGACCUCCUGCUUGCAAAAUGUGUUUAAUAAUAACAAUGAUGAUGAUGAUGAUCAUCAUCAUCAGAGUGGUGGUAAACUAAGGCCAUUUGAGAAGACUGUGGCCAUAAAGAAAAUGAGUCUCGGAGAGCAGAACAGGGAACGAGCUGUGAAUGAGAUCCUGGUCCUGCAAGGCAAGAAGAACCCCAACAUUGUCAACUCUUUGGACAGCUUCCUUGUUGAUGAAGAUCUCUGGCUGGUGAUGGAAUACAUGGAUGGAGGAACUUUGCAGGACAUUGUCACACAGACACGCAUGGCUGAAGGAGAGAUGGCAGCUGUCAGUCGGGAGUGUCUGCAGGGCCUGGAUUUCCUCCAUUCCAACCGGGUGAUCCACAGAGAUCUGAAGACCUCCAACAUCCUUCUGGGAAUGGACGGCUCUGUCAAACUGGCUGAUUUUGGCCUCUGCGCUCAGCUCGGCCCUGAGCAGGACCAGUGCAGCUCCAUGGUGGGCACUGCUCACUGGAUGGCCCCAGAAGUUGUGACCAGUUCUCCUUAUGGCCCCAAGGUGGACAUCUGGUCUUUUGGUAUUGUGACCAUCGAGAUGGUGGAAGGAGAACCUCCUUACUUCAAGCAAACAGGGGCUAUGGCUCGCGCUCUGAUCCGGCAGAACGGGACCCCGCAGCUGCAGGAGCCCAGGCGCCUGUCGGCUCUGCUGCGGGACUUCCUCGAGUGCAGCCUGGAGCCGGACGAGGAGCGGCGCUUCUCUGCCCAGGAGCUGCUGCAGGCUAACACGGAUGUCCCCGGGUCAGCCCCGCUCUUCAGCGGCGCCACGCUCGGACCACGCCCGGCGCCGCCGGCCCCCAGCCCGGUGCUCCGCGGCUCCGCCCGCUCCGAUCCCCGCUCGGCGCGGCGGCGGCUUUAUGCCGGGGGUCCCAGAGAAGGCCCUGACUCGAGACCUUGGACAGCGCCGUCAGCAACUUUAACGGGGUUGGCAAGCUCCGCGGUUCCUGAGACCCCUCCCGCACACCCAGGCUGGUUCUCCACCCUCGGCGACGCUGUCCACGCCGCCUCCGGCUUGGCGAAUGCCGGGAGUUACUGCGCUGGGUUUGAUGGCCGCCACUCAGCGCUUUCGGCCGCUCUGGCAGCCAGAAACACAGCAGCAAUAUCCAGGAGCUGUCCCUUCCUAGUCCACGGCUUUGAGGAUGCUGUGGCGGUGCCACAGGAGAAGACCCUUGGUGUUGUGCUGGAAGAAGUUCCUCCAGAAGAAAAGGUGGUGUUCCUAGGUGCAGGGAACUCUGUGGCAUCAGCAGUGGAGGAGCAGGAUGAGGACGAUGUCCAGUCUUGGGAUAUUUCUGCAAGAGCCUUCACCCCUGCCAGAGCCUCGAGCCAUGGCUGUGAGACAAACAGCCUCAUCCCUGAGGAUGCAGAUGGGCAGGAAAUGCCUGGAAGUAAAAUGGGCAGCCCAGCCAUGUCCAAGAAGCUGUUCCCAGAGGCAAGUGUCCCAGUUGGAAGUGUUCUGGAGCCACUCGUGUUCAGCCUACAGUCAGUUCCCAGAACGCUGUCCCUGUUCCAGUGGGGAAACCCCCAUGCUUUGCAGCAGGAAAGAUUCACAGGAAACCAAGGAAGCUUUCCCAUCUCCAGGAAGCUCCCCCCACUCUACCAGUCAGAUAGCCUCUGA